GUCUUGACAAGUUUCGUACCUCUUCGAGAUUAAACCGGUCCAGGUUCUACAAAUUUCCUAAAGAACAAAACAUCGGUGGAGCUGACCUCGCCAUCUUAUUGGAUUGUGAAGAAAACACACUACAGAAGCGUCUUCUAAAGAGGCACUACGACGAACUUAGCGUCUUAGUUACUAUCCCCGGUGAUCGCGACCAACCACAUGUGCUUAACGAUCUCGUUACGGUUGUGGAGUAUUUUCUUGGAAAACAGGAUUCCCAAGGGGGCAACAAUAAUGCAUGUGCUACAGUCGUUCAGUCCAAUCUAACCGGACAUUAUGAGGAAAACGAUAAGCCACACCAACUCAAUGCAGACCAGUCUACCCAGAUUCCUGAACUUGGAAAUACCACAAUGGUAUACAUCACCGGAGCUCCAAAUAGUGGAAAAACAACAAUGGGCCGAAAACUGGCCGAAUAUUUCGACUACACUUAUUGCUCCUACGCAGACUUUCGGGACGGUCAGUUAUCUACAGGAAUGCUCAUCCAGAGUGGUCUUGCUGACUUGGUUCGACCUUCGAAUGGCUUGGUGCUUGAUGACUUCCCCGCGGCUGCAUUCGAAAGAUCUACAGCGCUUAAUGAGCAUCAUCCCACCACUAUUGUUCUUGAGUUCUGCAAGAACAAGUGUCAUUCUCACGAAUCAGGAUAUGGCGUCAGCACAGACCAAUUAGAGAGCAGCGGUAUACUUCGGCCGCCUGAACUGCCCUACCGAACCUCCCAUCCCAGUCAAGGCACCCGUCUUACAACCGUUCACAAAAUCGACGCUUCACAAGAAAUGGAUGCGGUCCUCAAAGAAAUACUAAGCAUCCUUGAAAGUUAUUCGUCCUUCCCCAACAGAGACAAACUGGAUUGA